UAUCUAUAUAUAUAUAUCUGGCCUUUGUGAACUCUAAUUACAUUAGCACUGGCUCCUGGCCUGGCUUUAGCCUAAAGUCCUGCCAUUCAGUCAUGCGCCUCACUAUCCUAUGGAUGGUCUCCGCCUCGUUUCUGUCGGGGAUUCAGAUUCGGGGACAGAAUCUGCUCCUGGCAGAGCUACACAGUGCCCAGGAUGAGCUCAAUAUCUGGCGACUGGCCAGUGCCACCAGUUAUUUGACCAAAACUUACAUAGCCAACAGGAUGAACACGCUGGUGAUUCGUCAGAGUUGUUUGUCGUGUCCUUCGGGGUUAAUGCUUCGCCAGCGCAGGGUGAUCGAUGAGGUCCUGUGGAGCCUGGCGCCUUACAUCACCGUCCUGCUGCAUCGUGGCACACCGGAGGAAACCUCCGAGGACUACACACUCUUCGUGGUCAACGAUCACCUGGCUUUCAAAGAACAAGACUUUACCUUUCCCGAUGAAAUGCUCGAGCGUGAAUUCUACUUUGUGGUGGUUGUGACAGAGCUGCAGACCAGUGAAUCCAUCAUGGAAACCGCUGGCAAGAUAAUCGUUAGGAAUCUUCAACGUCCGGUCAUCAAUGUGGUGGUGGUGGCCCAACUGGAGGAUGGCCAGGUCAAUACCUAUGCAUACAAGCUCUUCAAGAAGAACUGCACGGCCGGAAUAACAAUGUGGCGGAGCAAUUACUUUGAUCUGACCACCGGGCAGCCCAUGGAGGCAAUGCCCGAUCUGUAUCCCGUAAGGUUUGUCGACCUUAGCGAUUGUCCUCUGAAUGUGAGUGCCAAUGUCAUGCCGCCUCAUUUGAUCUACAAGGGACACGGGAACCUGCCUCCGUCCAGUCGAGAGCAAGUGCCUGCCCAUGAUCUGGCUGGGAUUGAUUGGGAGCUGCUCCAGCUGCUGGCCCGGGCUUUACGCUUCCGGAUCAAUGUGUAUAUGCCCACCGAGACGAGUCAGAUCUUUGGCGAGGGCAAUGUCACCGGUUGCUUUGCCCAAUUGGCCAAUGGGAGUGCCCAACUGGCCAUCGGCGGACUGAGUGGCUCCGACAAGAGGCGCUGGCAGUUCUCCAAGUCGACGGUGUAUCAUCAGAGUCACUUUGUCCUGGUGGUGCGGCGGGAUCGAUAUUUGGGUCGCUUCGGUCCACUCCUUCUGCCAUUUCGGGGCAAGGUUUGGACUUGCAUAGUGGCUGUGCUGCUCCUGGCCGUGAUUAGCACCUGCUGUCUGCGUUCCCGUCUUGCCUUGAGUCAUCCCCUGGAGAAUUUGGUCUCGGUUAGUAUGGGUAACCCUAUGCCUAUCCAGAGACUGCCGGGAAGUGGUUUCUUGCGUUACCUUUUGGCCAGCUGGUUGCUCCUUACUCUUGUUCUGCGGUGUGCCUAUCAGGCACGUUUCUUUGAUGUCCUGCGACUGCCGCAUCACCGACCGCUGCCCGAGGAUCUGGCUGGGGUUAUCGGCGCUAACUAUACCCUAGUAUCCAAUGGCUAUCAUGAUUUCUAUCCCCUCAAUCAGACGCAGCAUCUGGGGGAGUCCUUUGGGGCACGAUUUAAGAGGGUGCAGCACGCAGAUCCCGGCGAGCGUCUGACCACUAUCUCGCUGAUUAGCAACCUGGGGUAUUGGAAUCACAAACACAGGAACAUUAGCCAAUUGACCUUUAUCCGGCAACCGAUUUACCUGUACCAACUGGUCAUAUACUUUCCCAGGAGAUCCUUCCUCAAACCAGCCGUGGAUCGCAAGAUCAAGCAGCUGCAAAGUGCCGGUGUCAUUGCGCAGAUCGAUAGACGCUAUCUGCGCUAUGGGAAUCUGGUGGAUGCGGAUAAUGAUCGCACUGUCCUAAUUCGGAUCACCUGGAAGAUAAUGUCGGGUGCCUAUCGCAUCCAUCUCGUGGUCCUGAUCCUGGCCGGAGUUGUCUUUGUGCUGGAGUGGCUCUCCGGCCGGUGGACAGCGGGUAGGUUGCAUCAAUGGAUGGAGUGGGUGCAGACGCGGACCUAAGCUUUAUUCAAAAUAUGUGUGCUUUUUUAUCGAUAGAUAUUUUUAAUCGAAGCUAAUUUUUUUU